AUGGUGGCCGGAGGGGAGCCCAUUCCUAAACAAAGGCAAGUCAUGAUUCUAUUUCUUUUCCUGGGAGUAGCUUGGGGAGACCAGGGGCCCCACCGCUAUUCCGUGAUGGAGGAAACGGAGAAAGGCACCUUUGUGGCCGACCUCGCCCAGGACUUGGGGUUGGCAGUGAGGGAGCUAGCAGCGCGGGAAGCUCGGGUGGUCUCUGAGGACAACGAACCACGUUUGCAGCUUGAUGUGCAAACGGGUCAGUUAAUAGUAAACGGACAAUUGGACCGGGAGGAGUUGUGUGGUCCCACGGAGCAAUGUGUACUGAGUUUCCAAGUGGUCCUGAACAAGCCAGUGGAAGUAUUUCCAGUUGAGCUCCUGCUAGAGGAUGUAAAUGAUCACUCUCCCGAGUUUCCUGAGCCAGAAAUGACCCUGAAAAUCCGAGAGACCAGCCUCCCUGGGACCAUGUUUCCUCUGAAAAGAGCCGAGGAUAUGGACGUGGGCAGGAACGGCGUCCAGAACUACAGCAUUAGCCCCAACUCUCCUUUUCACGUCUCCACACGCCCCCGAGGCGACGGCAGAGCAUACCCGGAGCUGGUGUUGGACAGAGAGCUGGAUCGUGAGGAGCAGGCGGAGCUGCUGCUGACGCUCACGGCGCGGGAUGGCGGCUCUCCACCCCGUUCUGGCACUGCACACAUCCGCGUUCUGGUCCUGGACGUAAAUGAUAAUGCCCCCGAGUUCACGCAGACUCUCUACGAGGUGCAGGUGCCAGAAGAUAGCCCCGAGGGCUCCAUCGUGGUACAGGUCACCGCCAGGGAUUUAGACGCAGGAACUUACGGAGAGAUAUCCUACGCCCUUAUUUAUAGCUCGCAGGAGAUACGCAAAACCUUUGAGUUGAACAGCCUUUCAGGAAAAGUUCGACUCAUCAGAAAGCUAGAUUUUGAGACAGUCUCCUCAUACGAGUUUGACAUAGAGGCAUCUGACGGAGGGGGGCUUUCAGGAAAAUGCUCUGUCUCCAUUAAGGUGCUGGAUGUUAACGACAAUCCUCCGGAAAUAACCAUCUCAUCGCUUACUAGCUCUGUUCCUGAAAACUCUCCGGAGAUAGAAGUGGCGCUGUUUAGGAUUCGAGACAGAGACUCUGGGGAAAAUGGGAGGAUGAUUUUCUCCAUCCAGAACGAUGUGCCUUUCAAGCUGAAACCCACCUUGGACAACUUCAUCACCCUGGUAACGGAAGGACCGCUGGACAGGGAGGCCAGGGCCCAGUACACCAUCACCAUCACCGUCUCAGACCUGGGCACGCCCAGGCUGCAGAGCCAGCACAACGUGACAGUGCACGUGUCCGACGUCAACGACAACGCGCCCACCUUCAGCCAGGCCCUGUACACCCUGUUCGUGCUGGAGAACAACAGCCCCGCGCUGCACAUCGGCAGCGUGAGCGCCAGCGACAGGGAUGCGGGCACCAACGCCCAGCUCACCUACUCGCUGCUCACGCAAGACCAGGCAACGCAGCAGCCACAGGGACAGCAGCAGGGGCAGGGGCAGGGGCAGGGACAGGGGCAGGCUCGGCCGCAGGUGGACGUGGGCGCGCUGGUGGCCCUGGACGCGGCGAGCGGGCAGCUGUUCGCGCUGCGCGCGCUCGACUACGAGACCCUGCGCGCCUUCGAGUUCGGCGUGCGCGCGUCGGACGGCGGGUCUCCGGCGCUGAGCGGCGAGGCGCGCGUGCGCGUGGUGCUGCGCGACGCCAACGACCACGCGCCGCGCGUGCUGUACCCGCCGCGCAACGGCUCUGCGGCGGGCGCGUGCCCCGAGCUGGUGCCGCGCGGCGCCGAGGCGGGCUACGUGGUGAGCAAGGUGGUGGCGGUGGACGGCGACUCGGGCCGCAACGCGUGGCUGUCGUACGAGCUGCUGCAGGCCACGGAGCCCGGGCUGUUCGGCGUGUGGGCGCACAGCGGCGAGGUGCGCACGGCGCGGCCUGUGAGCGAGCGCGACGCGCCGCAGCAGCGGCUGCUGGUGCAGGUGCGCGACCACGGCGAGCCGCCGCUCUCGGCCAGCGUGGCGCUGCACGUGCUGCUGGUGGACGGCUUCUCGCAGCCCUACCUGCCGCGGCCCGACGCGCCGGCGGGGCAGGCGGGGCAGGCGGGUGUGGGGGGUGUGGGGGGUGUGGGGGGCGAGGCUGGGCAGGCGGAGGCGCUGACGGUGUCGCUGGUGGUGGCGCUGGCGGCGGUGUCUUCUCUGUUCUUGGCGUCUGUGUUGGCGCUGGUGGCCGCGCGGCUGUGUGGGCGCGGCGGGGCCGGGGCUGGGGCUGUGGCGGUGGGGUCAGGGUGUGGGGUGUCUGUGGCCGAGGGCCGCUUCUUCCCUGCCGGGGCUGGGUGUGGUGGUGUGGGUCCUCUGGUGGACGUGGGCGGGGCGGGGACGCUGUCGCAGAGCUACCAGUAUGAGGUGUGUGUGAGUGGAGGGAGUGGGACUGGUGAGUUCAAGUUCAUGAAGCCGAUUAUACCUGAUCUCCCGCCACCGUUCUCUGGGAAGGAGUUGGAGGAGAACCCUGAUUUUCGGAAUAGCUUCCCAUUUAGUUAA